AUGCAGUUUAACCUUCUCAUCACCGGACUCAUCUCCGCCCUUGUCAGCACUUCCGCAGCUGCCACCCUAGAUCUGAGAGCUACGGCUCCCAAGGCACUCGCAGCCCGUACCGUUAUCGAUGAGUGUACCGAGGCCAACGACUGCUGCAUCUCGACUCGCGGAGCCUGCACCCGCCAGGCCUUUAACUGGGCCGAGAACUAUCUCACCUGCCCCUUCAUCAAGCUGUGCCCCGACCUUGGGGUUCCCUGGUCUUCUUGCGGUGCCGAUUGCUGUUCCAUCUCCACCAAAUGGGGUCGCGGAUGCCCUGGUAAAUAA